CAACAGCAGGAUAGAGGAUAGACGAACGACGGCGAAGAAACUAAAACCAGCCACUAGCCAGAGCUGACGGUCGCGAUUUUCGUUGCUCCGCCGUGCUGUGAAUUCCAAGUCGAAAAAUUUCGCCCAAAAGUAUCACGUCCAGGACCAGGUGUGUCGAAAAGUGAUCCCAGUGCAUAUAGUGUUGCUCUUUUGCCAAAUUUGGCCCGUUUCGCGUUCGGUAGUGACGGAAAAAUUGACCCGAAAAGUGUGCCCUUUGUUUGGUCGGACCCAGUCUCCGACGACGACCAUUGAAAACCAUUAUUACCGAAGUAGUCGUACAGUCGUUGUGCCCGUUGGUGGAAGGAAUAAACGGGAGGGACGGAACAAGCGGAUAGUCGCUCACCACAUCACCUUAAUUCCUGGCUACUGCACACCGUUCGUCACUCGCUAUCGUAGAUCGUCGUAGUGUGCUAUGCUUAUGUUGCCCGUUGGGUUAGCGAUGAAGGAGCGAAGAGUGCCGUCGUGUAUAUUUUUCAUUGCUGGGCUGAGAAGAGUACCGGCGGCGUGAGUAAUCGUGUGUUGGUGUUUGUGUGAUCCUCGGCGGUCAGUCGGUAUUAAACGGUGAGAAGCGAAAGCAUCGCAGCCAGAAGCAGGAGUGUUUAUGCGUUUGUGUACCAUCAUCUCAAAUGAUAUUCGCUUCUUCACAACAUAGUUGUGUAUCUUUGGGAAAGCGCCUAGCAAGUGUUGCCAACGAGCACGUCAAUACGAGGCUGAGGCGAUAUUAGCAAUGAUGAUCUAAAUGGUGGCCGUUGUUGUUUCCACGAAUAUUUACACGUACGGUGAAUGGUCGCUUUACGGCACAAGGUGCUUGAAGCAGAGACGAAGCCCUGAAGAAUUCAGAGGAUAGUUUUGCUAGCUGCAGGCUGGAAAAAGAUCUGUGCGCUGCUGGCUGGACCCCGACGCAGGCUGCUGCAACCCGUAUAGGGGCGAUACGGAGGAGCAAAAAAGUGAGUGAGAUUCCCGUUAGGUCGGUCGGUCGGUCUUUCGGUCGGUUCGCUUGGUGCCAUCGAUGAGCAAGCGCGCGGCGGUGGCCACACUGCUGCUGCUGCCAUCGACGUCGUCCGGCGAGUGUCGGGUUUGCCCUUUGGCUGCCAUUCUGCUGCGCGCCGCGAGCCGUGAGUGAGCGGUGGGGUCCCGAAUGCGGAUGGACGGACGGAGAACGGGGACCGAGAACUGAAACCACUACCACAACAGGCAGCCGGACGGACCCGUUUCAGGGGUUUCGUUUUGGUUUUAGUUUUCUUGCCGUUCCGAAGACGGGCAGCAAGGAGUGAUUCCAAGUGAGUGAGCGAGUGAGUUCGCAGCAUAAGGCAGCAUAAGGAGAAAGAGCAUAAAAGUGAUGGAUUAACACAUAAAAGGUGCUAAAAAAUUCUCGGAAAACUUGGAUCGGCGGGUUUUCCUUGCUCUCGCGUGAUUGCACGGGACGGGCGGUUAAGGAGGAAAUGGUCUCACCGUCGUUGUUGGCGUGUCAACAUUGUCAAAAACCUCGAGACCAAAGUGAAAUUAGCGUCGUUUAGCGUUGGUGGCGGCAACCGUAAGAAGCAAGAACAGCCCAAAGCCAUAAGGCUGCGAAUGAACAACACGCGGCUGAGGGUCUGGGGUAGAAUACCGAGAAGACGGGGAUGAUGGAUUGUUUGAAGGUGUGAAAGGAUGUUGAGGUUUUCCCUAAGGCUAUCUAGCUCUCUAUACUGUGCAGGAGAUCCAUCAUAAAGAAGGAUCGUGGGUUCGCUGCCUAGGGUAUUAGAGUGUACCUUCCGUGUUUGAAAUGGAUGACCAGUUUUGUUGGGAAAUGUUUGAGUGUGAAGGUAACACUCACGAUGGCCAAGGAUUGUGAGUGAAAAGUGGCUACAAUAGCAAUAACAGUGAAUGAAACGGCGAAAAAGCGUCGCGAAAGGCAAGAGAAAUUGAUAGUACUCUACUAGUCGCGUAUUCGCGUUACCUAUACUACUGUGUAUGCAGAUGGGAAUUAACCCCCAAGAAGAAAGUUGAAUUUUGUUGUUGCCGAGUUCGUUGUUGUUGGUGCUAUUACUGAGGAGAAGCGAGUUUACACAUUAUAGUGCUAGUGACGAGAUUGCGGACUGCUAGCUUGACUGGCUGGUCUGCUCAUGCCUUCCCGCCUAGGGUAACUCGGGAGGAAAUAUUCGAGUGCUAUAAUACUGUGUGGCUACAUUGUCAGGAGUUGACGACGACGACACCCCCUCUUAGAAACAUGCUCGCGCGCUCUGGCAAAAUUAUGUAAUCCUUCGGCACGGAUUCUGAUUCCGUGAUUGAUGAGCUGUCCUGGUCUAAUGUUCCUUCGCUGGCGUCAUCAUCAUCGUCAGCAACGGCAGCAAUAAUAGUAGCGAAGCAUUAGUACCCAGUAGUGACGACGACCGUCGACCGCGCGAGAUGGAGAUUCAACGAUCGAAGCAGAUAAUUCGCAAUCAUCGGAACGGCAUGCAGAGGAUUCAUUCGAUCCCGAAUAAUUGGAUUAGCAGCAGCACUGAGUGUGAAUGAUAUGCACCAGCAAUCGUUGAAACCCAUCACCAGAAAACGCAGCAGAAGAAAACGAAGAAGAACGUAGGCUACCCAUUGAUGAGGUCCUGUCGCACGGACACCACCACCACCACCACCACCAUGGUCCAUGACAGCAGCAGCAGGUGCAGUUUAAGGCGCCGUAGGAGAAGGUUCCGGGCAUCGGAGGCCAGCUGUUCCAACUGGAGGAGCGUUUGGAGCAGUGUGGCGUUAUUGCUCAUGACGCUCCCGACGCUCAAUUUUGCAAUAGCGCCCAAGUACGAAACGGCGUACGCUUGCGAGGGCAAGACGCUCAUGAUCGAGUGCGAGAACGGUGAUUUAAUCAACUUGAUCCGCGCCAACUAUGGACGGUUUUCGAUUACUAUUUGCAACGACCACGGUAACGUGGACUGGAGCGUCAACUGCAUGUCACCGAAGAGCUUACGGGUGUUGCACUCCAAGUGCGCUCAAAAGCAGAACUGUUCGGUGCUGGCGUCGACAAAUAUGUUCGGCGAUCCAUGCCCUGGAACGCACAAAUACUUGGAGGCACAUUACCAGUGCGUUUCGGCAGCACAAUCAUCUACGACAACAAACAGACCCAGCCCACCUUGGUUGAAAACUUCGCAGCCGAUAGUUUGGAGUACCUCGACGGUGCGGAAUCCGGUGUUAAGUAAGCUGAACUUUUCCGAUCCACUGGCAGGGUUCGGAGUAACGUCUUCGGUGACAAGCAGCAGCAUCGGUACAACGGCCGUUGGAAAGGUGAAGCCGACAACGCCAUACAAGCAGCAGACCCUGAUGGUGAAUCAACAGUCGCCGCCUUCGUUUCGUAACAAGGGAUUUGAUAAUAAAAGCGUGAACGAUGAUUUGGCAAUUAUUAAGACAAUUAGUGGUGAUGAAGCGAAGAAACGGGGGAAGGGAGAUAGUUCAGGAAGUGCCCCGGAAGACGAUGAAGACUUUGGCGACGAUGAAGACUAUUUUCCAACGCAAACGGCAGUAUUAUCCAACGCUAAUAGAGAUAGGGAUAGCAACAGUGAUGGUAGCAAAAGCUACGACGAAAGCAAUGUUUCAUUAGGUGGAAACCAUCCUAGCAGUAAGAAAAAUGAUGAUAAUCACAGCGAUAGUAGCAGUAGUAGCAACAACUAUAAUAGUGGUAGUAAUAGUAAUAGCAUUAGUGGAAAUAGCAACAGCAGUGGUGUUGUGAACAAUGUGCUAGAUGUGAGUCACGCGUGUGGUCCAACGACGGCGAGAAAUUUGUUCUGGAAUGUGACUCGUGUCGGGGAGGCAAACGUGCAGCCUUGUCCGGGUGGGGCCACCGGCAUUGCCAAGUGGCGGUGCGUAGCAAUAGGAUCGCUGACGCACGAGCAGCGUAUGCAUUUGCAGCAACAAUCAUUACUAGAUGAUAAUAACAAAAGUGAUAUUAGUUUUAAUAAUAACCUUAGUGGUAGAAACGGAGGUGCGGUAGGUGCGACUGGUGGUGCUGUAGCCACGUGGUACUCAUAUCAACCGGAUCUGACACAGUGUCGAUCGCUGUGGCUCAACAAUCUUGAGAUCCGGGUCAACCAGCAAGACUCGUCGCUCAUUUCAAUAGCAAACGACCUGUCGCAGGUAACGAGCAGUAAAACGCUCUACGGAGGAGAUAUGCUAGUCGCAACGAAAAUCAUGCAAACCAUGUCACAGAAGAUGCACUUCGAUAUAGAAACCCUGCCGGACCAGCGACAGCGGGAAGCGCUGGUGUACGAAUUGUUAAAUAGUGUAGUAAAAACUGGAAGCAAUCUGUUGGACCAAUCCCAACACGCCAGCUGGCUGGAUUUGAGUGUGGAGGACCAGAUGCGGGUAGCGACGUCACUGUUGACCGGACUGGAGGAUAACGCGUUCCUACUAGCGGACACCAUUCUUCGGGAGCGGCACGUAGUACAGAAGGUGAAAAACAUCCUACUCUCGAUACGGGUCUUAGAGACACGCAACUUUGUCAAAAAUGAAGUGUUUCCAGACUCUAGCCAGGAACGGUGGCAGGUCAGUAAUGAUCAGAUUGAACUGCCAAAAGCAGCCCUUAUAGAAAACAGCGAAGGUGGUUUAGUGAGGAUAGUUUUCGUGGCGUUUGAUCGAUUGGAGCAAAUUUUAAGACCACAAUUCUCCAACAUUCAACAGCCACGUGUGGAUCAGAAUAAAUUGGAGCAAGAUGAUUCCAACUCGGCGAAGAAUGAAGCAUCCCCUGCACCUCGACAGCGAUUGCUCAACAGUAAAGUUAUUUCCGCUAGUCUUGGUAAAGGUCGCCACAUCCAGCUCUCACAACCAAUUCGUAUGAUUCUGAAACAUCUUAGAACGAAAAACGUAUCGAAUCCAACCUGCGUUUUCUGGAACUACAUCGACCACGCAUGGUCCGAGGAUGGAUGCUACGUGGAGUACACAAACGCCACCCAUACCGUUUGCAUGUGCAACCAUUUGACCAAUUUUGCCCUUCUAAUCGAUGCCAUAGACGAAACGCAGCUCUCGCUCCUAUCCAUCAUUGAUGACGAUAUCAAAAUCCUCAUCUACAUCAGCAUAGCCAUCUGCGUCGUGAUAGUCAUAAUCGCACUAUUUGCGCUGAAACUCUUCAAUGGAGUGUUCUCCAAGGUACGCCGGCGAAACCACCAGAUGGCCAAUAAUGCAGCCGCGGAUUUGCAUUUGCCAAACCAUUUGCAGCAUCACCAUGGCCUGAUCGGUGCCGGCGCUGAUAUGGACGUAAACAUCCACCCGCACCAGCAGUAUAACAGCUCGGCCGUGUCCGGACUGAUGCCCGGACCGGAUGGUGGCCACCUAAUGCGUCCCGGCAUUGGCCACAAUCAUCACAACAACAAUAACCUGGUUACGACAACGUUCAACAAUCUGGGUCCAGCGCCGGGUGGGCCCGGGCUCGGAGGAUACGAAACGGCACCACAUCAUCGGCUUGCAGCGCAGGAGCGUAUCAAUAACAAUCAAAUCAGCAGCCGCAGCAAGCUACUGUUACUACCUUACAAACCACAUCAUCAGCAUCUAUAAUCGCCACCGCCGGUGGUCACCAUGGGGGGAUCGGCGGCGGGGGCGGUGCGAGCAUAGGUGGUGGCAGUAGCAGCAGUG